AUGCUGAAUAUUACAUGUAUCGGCACUGUCGUGCAAACCUCGACCCACCAUGGCGUAAUGUUUGGAAAGCCGGUCAUUUACCCGGACGGCUACACGAUGGAGCGCGCUGUCUUCUCGUCCUCGCAACAGCCUGCAGCGCAGGCACCAAAGGUCACUUUCGCCUACAAGGCGCCGUCCACCACCUCGGCGGUGGUUUUGAAGGAUGAGCCGUACUUCACAGCAACCAUCCGCUGGGUGAGUGGGCAGCCCACCUUCACUAUUACACGCAGCGACACCCCCACGGACAAGACAUACACAGACAGCAAGUCCGCCACGACCGCCUGGCGCAAAGCGCUCGAGGAUGCCGUAAAGGACUUCCCUGGCCGGCAAGCCCAACUGCCAGUGCCAGCUGACCCCAAGUCGAAGUUGCAGGUGAACGGGAUUCGACUGUAUGGCCUGCACUUGAAAGAUGUCCACGAUGAGCUGUUAGCGUUGCCAGGAGGUCAAGCCGCUUUGGACGCUGCCGCUGCUUCUGCUGCAGCACGGGCGACCUCGACCGUAACAGCUGUCGCGGCGGAACUUGACGCACGCAGCACGAGUCUUCUCUCCUCUCAUGGGUCCCGGUCCCAGUCCCGGUCCCAGUCCCAGACAAAGACACAGCCCCGUCACACCACCUCGCCAACGCCGAAGAGCACCUCCAAGCAACCCGCCGAGGCACACAGUAGCGCACGCUCCAGCAAGAGACGAACUGAUCCCAGCCGUCGCGCUUCGGUGGACAAGGAUGCAUCACCGGCGGCAUCCACGGCAGGUGUGAGCGCCACAGUCAUCAUUGGCAGUCAGCCCUUGACGGAUGGAGCGGCGAUAAUCCCAGAGAAGAGGCGGCGGACGCGCAGGCCGAAAGGCCUCGACGAGGCUACCGCCACGCCAGAGUCUAUCGCCGCGAUCGGUGGAGAGACGGCGGCCAUCAUGACUGCUGCCCCGGUAAAGCGGCGGCGCACGUCCAGCAAGAAAAGUUUGGAGACCGCGCGUGCACUGGCGGUGGCGCCAGCACCGGUGGCCGUUACUGUGGUGUGCCCGGACUGCGGUUCGGGUGACACGCCGUUCUGCGCCACGACAGGAAAGCCGCACGCUGGGGCGGUGCAGCGCGAGAACCGCCAGCGAGGGGAGGUUCACCUGCCCGGUGCAGCCCGCAAGCUUCGGCGACGCGUGUCAAAGCAGCCCCUGGGGGCUCACGCAGCGGCAGGCGCAGGCGGUGAGGUGAAGGCGGUGAUCGUGACCGGGGCAGAAGACGACGGCAGCGCUGUCGACGCAGGGAACGUGGCUGCUGCUGCCAGGAAUCCCCGUCGGAAGCGUCUGCGUGCUGACAAUGAGGCGAAGCAGACAUCUGGGGACGGCCCCGGUGCGUCCGCUGACGGUACGAAGGAGAAGCCGACUCGCGCUCGUCGGGCACGCAAGACGAAGGAUGGGGCCGCUGCCGCAGCACCGUCUUCGGAGUCAUUGGCGGAGGGCACCACGGUCAUCAGGGGUGACACCGCCGUUGUCUCUCCUGUCGCAGUGGUGGUGGAAGCGCCACCUGUUCCGGCCGAGGAGCCGGCGUACACGUACCCGCCGCUGCGCCCCCCGCUCACCCUUCGCGAGCACCACAAGGCGGCCCACCUACUGCAAGAGAGCUGGAAGGUGCAGUACGGAGACGGACCAGUGCUGCCGGCGGCCGUGGCGGCGGUGCCGCUCGCACUCGUGCCGGCAAAGCGCGUGGCAGCGGCCGGAGCGAAUCGCCGGCGAAAAGGCCACGGUGGGGCCGCGGUUGGCGGCGCUGGCGGCGAGGAGGGUAAGCAAUCCGAUGAUGACGAGGACGGAGGGGAGGAGGAGACCGGUGGUGCGCGCUCGAAGGACGGAGACGAAGACGGCGAUGCCAACGUCGACAAGGACACCACAAAGAGCGGACUUAGCAGCGCCGUUGGCAGUCCGACAUCAACUGCCGUUGCUGCUGUGGCGGUCCCGACGAUGGUGCACCCUCUGGAGGUGACGCAGCUGGCCACCAGUGUUGCCGGUAAGCGGCUUUCGCGGUUCCUGGUGCAGUACACAAGCGAGCGCACUUUCUUCGACUUGCUGAAGAACUCCUCGUCCGCGGCGGACGGCAGUGCGGGAAGGAAAACACCUAAGCGGCCAGCGCAGCAGACGUCGGCUGGUGGCGACGCCGGUGCCGGAGGUGAGGGGGACGGGAAGGCGCACACAAUAGCGAACGAUGGCGAUGAAAAGCAUGUUGUGGAAGUGUCAGGAGCAUCGCCAACAGGGGAGCAGCAAGCUUCAGUCAUGCGCGAGGCGGACAUUGUCGACGGCGCAGUGUCAUCCGCCGCCACCGCAUCCUCGUGA